AUGGCUGAGCUGCAGCCCGUCUUGGAUCUUCUGGCCACCGGGACCGCCAGUGGCGGUGAACUGUUCGAUGCCUUGGAGCCUCUUCGCCACGACUCGAACUGCGACAUCGUUGGAUAUUUCCGCAUCCCGACUGGCGCGAUCACCGCGCAGAUCGACGAGGGUAAGGCCUUGAAUGUCGUGCUCUUUGACAACCAUCAAGCCAACGUCGGCUCUGCAUCCAUUGCCCUCAUGCAACUCCGAAAGAAUAUGUCCAACCAACAACUGGUCCUGGGCCUUACGUCGUUUCGUGCAAUCGACACUCUGACUGGCAUCUCGCUAAAGCUACCCGUCAAAGACCGACAGAAAACUUUUCUUGCGGACUCCUCGCAUGCUAUGGAUGGGUUCCACGUCGAUAAACUUGACUUUGCCCACGAUAGUGCGGGCCAAGCGGCGCCAUUGAGGACGUUGCCACCGUGUUUACGGAAAGGGUUGUCCACCAAAUACUCGAGUCCCCAGAUGCCCCACGUCAACCCCGCCUUCAGCUUCGUCGGAGGCACCAAAAUUGUGAAGGGCACGGCCGUUCGCAUUGAAAUGCUGCCUGAAGCCAUCCUGCAGGAAUUUGCGACGUUGGAUCGCUCGUCUCAGGAGUCGCAGGCCUCCUUCGACUCUCACUGUACCGUUGCCCGUGGCUCCACGAAUUUGGACCUAGCCACGUUUAUCCAAAAUUGUGAGGCCGACUGGGUUCAACGUGAUCUUGAGGCCCACCCCAUCGAGCUGGUCGCCAACAGCUCUCUCUUGCGGCUUCCGACCGCACCCAACUCGUCCAACUGA